AGUGCGAUUAUUUUGAAAAGUGCUACUGGUUUUUGACACUUACACAGAGGGCUACACACACACUCACACGCACACGCACACACAGUCGAAACGAAACGAGUUUAUUUGCUUGGCCCUGCUGUCAGUGUGUGAGUGUUGGGAGGGGGGAUUUGGAUUUUGGAUUCGUCGUCGUCGUCGUCUGCCCGUGGGGCUCUGCGGGCGAUUGUUGCUGCUGUUGUUGUUUUUGGUUAGAUUGGAUUGGAUUUUGAGUACUCUUUUUUUUGCUUGUUUGCUGCCUUGGAGUUGGAGCGCGAUCGUGAUCUCGUGCUGAAUGAAAUUUAUUUUGAAGAUUUCAAACCAUGCAUCUGGACACGACAACAUUCUCCGCCGAACGCAUCACGAGGAUCCGCGAGUAGCCGGCCUCGUCUAGGCUUUUAACGCGCCAAACCGCCAACGUGAGUGACAUCAACGCAACCGCGCCGCACGAACCCUCCCGCCGCUCUAUGGUGCUCCAGAACGAGAAAAAAGACCCGCAUCCAAAGGGUGGUGGAUCCACCGGAAGUGGCGCCAAUGUCGUCGAGUCACCGCCGGUGGAAUCGAUCGGCAUGCCGUGCCCGUCGACGGCCACCUCCUCCUCGUCCUCGUCUUCGUCAUCCGCCAACGAGCAGCCGGUCAUCAAGCGGCAACGGAUCGAGGCGGAAACGGACGUGGUGGACGCGGUGAACACGAGCGCAAACAGCAGCACGGCCAGUUCGAGCGGGAAUUCUUCGAACGGAUCUUCGCUGGUGGCGUCGGCGUGUUCCAGCUCGACGAGUUUGUCGUCGUCGCCGCCGAAUUGUAGCAGCAGCGCGAGCAGCACCACGUCGGGUUCGUCGUCGACGACGGGCUCGAUUGGUGGGGGAGUUGGGGUUGGUGUUGUGGGGGUGCGGGAUCAACCGACGGUUGGCAGUGGAUCGGAGGAGGAUUUGAGGUUACGGCAGGUGCAGGACUAUCAGGCGAUUUUCCAGGAGGCGAUCGCGAAGCAGUGCCUGUGUGGGCUGGAGACGAACGUGCUGUUGAUGUCGUUUCAGUCAUAUUAUGUGUACGCGACGGGAGUUGGAAGUGGGGGUCUGCUGGACAGCAGUAGGGGACGGGGGAUGGUGAGGCAACUGCAGCCGCUGAUCGAGUGGCCGUUCGAGUACUUGCUCAAGUUUCUGUCCAACGUGCAGCUGUUGUUCGAUACGUACUUGAAGCAGAACAUCAAGGGAAACAUUUGCUCGGGAGUGAUGGAUCUGUGUAACUAUCUGAUUCGGGCCGAGAACCAGCAUCCGGAGACGGAUUUUGUGUCGAUGAACAUUGAUGAGAUUAUCGGGUUGUGUAACUACAACAACAAGUUUAUCAACUACCUUUCCGGGCGGAUACUGUCCUCGUUUUUGAUCAUCAUCAAGGACGACCUGGACGAUCGGUGGCUGGAGAAGAUUGUGGCGAAUCUGUUCGACUUUAACCAGCUGGACAUUCUGGCGGUGAAGAAGAUCAACUUUAGCCUGGAUAUCAUCAAGCGGAUAGUGGAGUGGAAGGACGAAACGGAGCAUCCGCUGGAUGAGGACAUUAAUGGGGGACCGGGUCCGAGUACAAGUGGUGCGGGUGCAGCUGGUGGUUCCGGAGCGUUCAACGCUCCCUCGCUGGAGAACAACUACUUUGCGACGCACUACGGAGAGGGAGGAAGCAGUUACUCGGGCAGCAAUAUCUUCAACCCCACCUCCGCGUCAUCUCCCUCGAGUCAUCACCACCUGCAGUCAACAUCCCACCUGAAUGUCCCUGGAGGUGCCGCCGCCUCUGCUCCCAUCUGCCAUAUCAUCUCGCUGACGGAUUCGGAGAGUUUUGACACGACGAGGAUCAAGUGCGAAACGAUCAGCAUCCUCGGCAACAAGUGGCCCGCGCUGGUCAAGAACAUUUCGCACAUGAUCCGGGCGCCAGCCGUGUCGCAACCGUUGAUCGCCCAAAGCUUGACGGCAAUCGCUACCGAAACCUGCAUACUCACGUUCCUGCGGCUCUGGGAGAGCAUCAUCAGCGUUAAGGCGAACCUGUCGGUGGUGGAAACGCAACCGUUCCAGUCCCAGCUGGAUCACUUUCAGCUGUUGCUGCUGUCGACGAAGAACUCGGUCAUUUACAAGCAGAUGUUGACGCUGUUCAAUGAAGCUCUGUGCUACGGCAGUACGCUCGCGUUGCAGGACUUUAUUCCGGAGGAGGUUGGCAGCUUGGCCCACAACGUGGUGCGAUCUGUUAAAGACCAUCGGAUACUGGACAAGAUGCCCAAGUCGUCGUACACGAGUGUGCUGGGGUUCAUCGGAUACCGCGGGGAGGUCAUUCGAUACCACGACAGUCGGUUGUCGCAGGUAGUGGAACCUAACGGGCGACGCGUUGUACCCAUCGAGAGCACAUCGGGAAGUAGUGCCGGUGGAUCGGCAGGACCUACCACGCAAUCGCGGUACGAUCGAACGCUGCUGCAAAAGAUGGCCCUGCUGGUGCUGAAGGCGGUGGCCGUAAUCGUGAAGGAAAUUCGAUGCGAUUCGAGCGAUUCCAGCGUGGACAGUAGCGACUUUGAUAUGCAGGAAAUUCAGAUGAUCGAACGCAGCAUCCGGGACGUGGUGCGGAAGCUGGAAACGUUCCUGAAAGUCCAGCUCGAGUUCCACCCGGACUCACACUUCAGCAAGGUGCUAAUCCACUUGUUCGACGACCAGGACGACUACCUGGUGGAGGCCAUGGUGUGCACGCUGGACGUCACGUCGGGCAUCUCCUUCCGGAACAACGCCUUCCCAGAGCUCAUCGCUAUCCUCAAUCCCGUCUACACCUUCAUCGAGUUCUCCAACCUCGGUCCAAACAUCACACAUCUCUUCCUGGACCUCCUCAUCAGCACGGAAACCUGUUUCCUCCUCUUCCUUCUACGCUUCCUCAAGUACAUCCGCCAAAACUGGUCCAUGUUCACGCAGAGUUGCCUCAACUACUACCAGCACAACAGUUACAGCAACGCCACCACGCUGCUACAGAGCUUCCGCAACAGCCAGAUAGUCAUAAACAACAACAGCAACAACGUCAUUCUGGACAGCGUCAUGACGGUGUUGAUCAGCUUGCGGCUGCAAAUCAGCCGGCUCGUCGCGGACACGCUGUUCCCGUACAAUAUCGGACCGAUCCUGCGGUUGAUCGAGAACUGCGAGAGUCUCUACGAGGGCAACGAGCUGAGCUGAGGUGGCUGGCGACAGCUCGACGGUUUCCCAGUGUGCGUGACAUUCCAAGCCGAACGCGGUGGUCAAAAUUUAAUAAUCAAAACAUUUAUUUGGCAUUUCUUUCUUUUUGGAUUAGGUAAAAUUUUCGAAAACUGACUAAUAUUUAUCAUUUUAGGCUAGAGCAAAACAAACGUAUUCGGAGGAAAUAAAAUUUUAAAAACGUUCGGUUAAACUUGUUAGUUAGGAAUCAAAAAAAGUUUACGUGUUCAAAAUUGCAAGAAAUUUCUGUUGUUUUACAUGUCGAAGAAGGAAUAGCGAAAACUAUAGUGCCUUACGAAUUUUUAAUCAAAUGCAGUGUAAUCUUAAAGUCAAUAGGUCGUGUAAUGUUAGUGUAAAUAAGCGCGAACCUAGCGUGUCGAGAAUGUUUGGUUUAGAUUUAUGUUUGUCGGUUUAAUUUAUGCUGUAAGGUAAUUUAUGUUGUGUAAACACACAGGACCGCCGCUGUAAAGAUCGACCCGAAAGAGUACCUAUUUAGUAUCGGUGUAGUAGCGCUUAGGUUGCUAGUAGCUUUGUGCAAAGUAAUUUAUAUUUUAUUUGUUCGUUUCUAAGGUUUUUGUACAGACGACUUGAAAGACACUCCCCCCCUCCACAUACACACAAACACAAAAUAAACUAUUUAAAUUUUUCAUAAAAAAA